UUUGAGCCUGCAAACGUAAACAUGUUGACCAACAACGAGCUAAUGGAGCAGUUCUACUUCCCCGACGAAGCCCCAGCGAUUCCCGAAUUCCUCGGCAAUGAUACCUUCCAGCAGUUCGAGCAGCUCAUGUACCAGCAGGAGUUCAGCACCAGCGACAGCCAGUCGGACGGAGCGAACAGUUGCUCCUUGGAGAUGUAUUACGACACGCCGUCUGUCCUGGAAUUGGAGCACAUGCUAAGUGCCCAGGAGCAACAGCAGCAGCAUCAAGCGAAUCCCUUAGGAAAGAGUCAAGGCAGAAGCCCGAGAUACUGGAACAAGCAGCAGAGGAGCAAGCCAUACGACAAGCUGUCCACUUCCCUGUCAUCAUCUGCAUCCUCCUCCUCCGCCUCUUCGAGCAGUUCGUCCGCGGGAUUCGGAGGCGAAGUCCUUAAAAAGCGGCGACUGGCUGCCAAUGCUCGGGAACGGAGGCGGAUGAACAGCCUGAACGAUGCCUUCGACAAGUUGAGGGACGUAGUCCCGUCUCUUGGCCACGACCGGCGACUGUCCAAAUACGAAACCCUCCAAAUGGCGCAGGCAUACAUCGGGGAUCUGGUCACGUUGCUGUCCAGAGACUACUAGCCAGUGUGGACGAUCCUUCAUCCUUCCUCCAAUGGAAGUUCCUUUGCUGGCUGUGUUGCAGCAACACCUUCAUCCUAGUG